GCGAACGACUGUCUUAGUCGUGACGAUUCAAUGGAUUGACUGAUUGAUCCGUCGCUGCCUGAUUAUCUGUCUCUCCACUCGUCCAUCCAUCCAUCCAUCCACCCUCCCGCCCUCUAGUCAACUACACCCAUACUCUAAUCAAGCCAUCCAUCCAUUCAUCCAGCCAUCAUUCAUCCGUCCACAGCAGCCACACAGUCAGUCACGCAAUGCAACCCAGUGAGCAUGUGUAGUGAGAGAGGUAGGGAGUGAGGUAGUGAGGGAGUGUGCUUGUAUGGUACAUAUAGUGUAUGUCUGUGUGUGUGUGCAUGUGGUGAACGGGCCAGCCACCUGCAGUUGCUUUCUGCCUGCCUUCCUUGAUGGCUUGUUCGCUUGCUCACUCCCCCCGAGGCACGUGCGCUAUACACCGACAAACAGGCAGGCAGGCAGGAAUACCUACGGGUAAAAAUAUCACAUACACACACACACACACACACAAAGGUGCUCACACGACGGACAGACGGACACGGCGGCCACAAAUCGAUAUACAUGGGUGAGAAAGAAAACAGGACGGCACUCACUCAUUUCGGGUUAAAAAGAAAAGAAACUGACACUUACGCCAUCGCCUGCGGCCCGGUGUAGCGAUGAGCUGACUCGUAGACGGGCCACAGACACACACCAACGAAGAAUUAAUAAUGGGAAAAAUUCGCGUGCGCACUGUGUCGGUAGGGUACCUCCCUCUCUGUCUGUCUGUCUGUCUCCCCCCUGUAAAACUGGCCAUGUCUGUCUGUCUGCGUAUGGUGCCACCACGUGCAGGGGUCCCUGUAGCGUACCACACACACACCAACACAGCCAUUCCAUCCAUCAGUCCAUCCGUCCGUCCAUCCAUCCACUGCGUCCAAAAAAGUAAGUGCGUGAGUGAUGAGUGAGUGACACCCGAGCACACGUCAGUCACCAAAAAACGCUUCGACAUCUCUCUGGUCCGUCAGGCAGGCAGGCCAGCCAUGUGUACACACAGCAGCAGACCACAGACAGACAAAACAAGUACGUACGCUUUCACACCCGCAAGCAGCCACCAUGCAUCGAUCCAUGAGGCAGACACCAUCCAAUCUCUCCUUGCGUUUCAAAAAAUGUCCCCAUAAGCGACUCGACAGACAAUCAGGUAGGUAGGUACGUAGACGGGCAGACAGGCCAGGUCACCCAUUACGUACGUCGACACAUCCAUCCAUCCAUCAGACAGUCAAGCAGCCAGACAGACAUCCUGUGGUGUUAGGGGUGUGUACGAUUGAUUUCUCUAGGCCAUCUGGCUCUCCUCGGCAGCAGGAGGGGCGGGGGGCUCCUCGGGCUGCUCCUGUUGCUCCUGCUGCUGCUGGGUCUCCUCGGUGUCGCCCAUCACGGGUUCCUCGGGGGCAGCACCAGCAGCAGCGGGGGCCUCAGCGGCCUCCUCGGCCUCAGCAGCAGCAGCAGCGCCCUCCUCCUCCUCGGCCUUGGGCUCCUCCUUCAUCUCCUCCUCUUUCGGGGGCUCGGGGGCCUCCUCAGCCGCACCUGUGUAUGUGACACAGAGCAAGGGGCAGAAGGUGUGUUUUGCAUAGUGUGUGUGUUUUGUUUUCUUGUCGGGGUGCGUUGGUUAAUGACCUACCAGCAGCCUCGGCGGGCUCGCCAGCCUCCUCCUUCUUGGCCUCCUCAACUUCUGACCAGGCCAGACAAAGACACAGACAGGGAAUGACACACAUCCCGGGCAUGCAUGCAUACGCAUGUGUGUAUGCGGUGUGCGGCUUUUACUUUCGGGGACGGCAGUCUCAUCGCUGGUCUUCUUGUCCUGCAUGGUCUCGUCCUCCUUCUGCUCCCCGCCCUCAGCGCCCUCGCCCUCAACGCCAUUCACCUGCUCCUUCUCGGCCUCCCCCUCCUCGCCCUCGUGCUCGUGCUCCUCCUCCUCAUGGUGUUCCUCUCCCUCCGCGGGCGUGGCGCCCUCCGAUUUCUUGGCGGCCUUUCGCCGGCCGCCCUUGCGCUUCGGUGCCGCCUUGGCCUUCUUCUUGGCCUUGCUCGCCGGCGAUGUCGGCACCAUCGGCGCGCCCGUCGCGGGGUCCAACGCGAUGCCCGGAGCGUCCACAGCCACACCUGACACACACACAGACAUGCACAAGGAUGGGAGGAAUGGGCAUGGGAGGCAUGGCGACGUGAGACAUGUGUUCCGACGCAUCCAUAUGGCCCAUGUGUGACUGUGUGACGUACCGGGAGCCACGGCGACCACGGCAGGUCCCUGUUGGGCGACCGGAGCGACAGCCUUCUUGGCUGAAACCUUCUUGGGCGCGGCUCUCUUGCGCUUCUUCUUGGGAUCCUCCUCCUCUUCCUCCUCCUCGCCCUUCUUGGUCGUGUACACGAAGUCAGCUGCACACACACGCCGACACACACACGGACGACACUAUGACUUCAGACCGAGGGAAUCCGAGGCUUGUGGGGUAUUGGGGUGGGGUGUGGGAGGUGUGCGUUCGCUUACGGCUCUUCAUCCACGACGGAGCGUGCGUGUGACGCCUGGAGCGUCUUGACUUCUCCUCAACCGACAUCGAAACGACUCAACCAGUCAACAGACACGAACAGUACGAUAACCGACAGACGUCGUACGCUACCACACAGCCACAAAACACCCCAACAAUCGGCC